CGCCAGGGGCGACGCGCCGCACCGGACCCAGCAGCGGCAGCGGCAAGCUUGGAUGUGAGCCUGGGGGCCGCUUUGCCCACCGUCCCGCUGGUCCCAGCCGUCGCUAGGGGGUCCGCGGGCCCUGCGGCAACCCUCGGUACAGACGCUGGGCGGGCGGCGACACCUGGCCCAUGGCGCCCCCGGCGGCUCAGUCUUCCUUGGCCGUCAGGGCCUCAAGCCCCGCCGCGGCCCCCACCUCGUACGGCGUCUUCUGCAAGGGGCUCUCCCGCACCCUGCUCGCCUUCUUCGAGCUGGCCUGGCAGCUGCGCAUGAACUUCCCGUACUUCUACGUCGCGGGCUCGGUGAUCCUCAACAUCCGAUUGCAGGUACACAUUUAGAGUCGUGACUAAGCUAACGGCCUCAGGGGCUAGCAUAAUGGCCUACUCCCAGGGUCCCUUGCGGCGCGGCGGAGCAGCGAAUGGCGAGCCCCACAGUCUCGCGUUAGUGCUCAGCCGCUGUUCGCGGCCUCUUUCUUCGCUACAAGCAGAGCUCCUCUGGGGGCCGCCGAGAGCCUACAGUUCCUAGAAAGAAAAGACGCGAUUCCGGAAACAGAACUGCCGUUAAGACCCUCGAAAAGAUCUAAGAAAGUGUGCAUCCUAAAACACCUGACGAAUUUCAGGACGUGACAAAGCGCAGAGGUUGCAUUAUUUCAAAACAAAACAGAAGGCUAAAAUUUUCAGGAAAAAGCAAAUCAGUAAACCGUGAGUACUGGACUGGAUUGUAAGCAAGAUUUGAAUGAGUAAGAGCUGAAGGUAUUAAGAUUGUGAUAUAGAAGGUACAUACUUCUUCAUUCCACAAGAGAAAAUAAUAAUCAGAAACUUUCAGUGAAAAAAAGCAAAACUGUACAGGAAAAGCAUCCUCCAAGUACCAGACAAAAUGCUGCAAGCUUUUGAACUAAUGGCGAGAGUGUGAGAAAAUGGGCUCUAUUGCAAUGCUCCUGUGGCAGGACGUCGUGGAUCGAGGCUUGGAACCGCAGAAAAGGAAAUCCCAUAGUAGCACAAAGCUUGGCUGUUCAGUGAAUAACAUUUAAAUAAUCGUAAAAUACAAAUGUUGUUAUGGUUUUUA